CCUCUAACGAAUAUUCCAAUUCCACCAACAUAAAUAAAAUCAACUUUAUGUUCUGUUAUGUUUUAAUUAUCUUACACCUUCUUCAAUCACCGUAACAUUUCAUCGGAUUUUUAUUAUUAGGACCAUGAAAUUUUGGAAGAGUUUGAGCAUAUUGAUCGAAGAGACAUUACCUGAUUGGCGAGACAAGUUUUUGUCUUACAAGGAUUUGAAGAAGCAGUUGAAGCUCAUCCAUCCAAAACAUGGGGAGACUGGUAACAAACGCCCCAGAUUAGAGGGCCCGGACGGCGGAGAUUGCUACGAGGAGACUGAGGAGGCCAAGCGUGUCAAUCAAUUCGUCAAGAUGUUGGAGGAUGAGAUGGAGAAGUUCAAUGCCUUUUUUGUUGAAAAAGAAGAGGAAUAUGUUAUCAAAUUGAAGGAGUUGCAAGAUAGGGUAGCAAAGGCCAAGGGUUCAAAUGAAGAGUUGAUGAAAGUAGGAAGGGAAAUUGUAGAUUUUCAUGGGGAGAUGGUUUUUUUGGAGAAUUACAGUGCCCUUAAUUACACAGGACUAGUUAAAAUAUUAAAGAAAUAUGACAAGCGAAGCGGUGCUCUUAUUCGGUUGCCCUUUAUCCAGAAUGUAUUGCAACAGCCAUUCAAUACAACUGAUGUGCUUAACAAGCUUGUGAAGGAGUGUGAGACAAUGCUGGAUCAUCUUUUCUCCAAGAAUGAACCGUCAUCCUCGUCUGAAGCAACUGAAGAGAAAGCGAGCUGUGACCCAAAUACUUCGGCUGAAAAUAAAGAGAGGCCUCUCACAGUUCCCAAAGAACUUUCAGAAAUAGAGAACAUGGAAAGCAUGUAUGUGAAGCUGACACUAUCGGCUCUGCGUGUCUUGAAGGAGAUUCGAAGUGGAAGCUCAACUGUGAGCAUGUUUUCGCUUCCUCCUUUGCAAAGUAAUACUUUGGAAAAGGAGUGGAAGAAAGUUUCUGUCUUAGAGCAAGCAGCCAAAUAGUUUUGUAAUCUCUUGACCAUAGGAAUUGAAGGAUGGGUCUUUGCUCUUAUUUCCACCCUUUUUCCCCUGUUGCUGCCUUUUUUCUUUACUCAUACAUUACUGAUAUUAGUUGCCUACAGGUUGUUGUA